GGUAACAACGCCCGCUCGGAACAAAGAGCCGGGCCAGGAGCUAGGAAAGGUAAACCCAGAAGCCCGGGCAUUUCUCGGCACGGCGCAGGCCUGGCUCCUUCCGCCGUACGAGCCCCGGCCGGCCAAUUGCCGCACGAAAACAGAGCGGCUUCCGCCAACGAUCCGCGAAGAGACGGAAGUGGGCAGCAAAAUCUGCACUCCGCUCAAGAUGGCGGACCUCCACCGCCAGCUGCAGGAGUACCUGGCGCAGGCUAAAGCGGGAGGGUCAGCGGCCGCGGUGCCGCUGCUCAACGAGGACCAGGCGGAGGAACCCGCGGCGGAGAACCGCACACCGGGGCCGUGGCUGGGCCGCUCGAGCUUGCGCUGGACGUGGGCGCGGAACCCUGAGGGACCGGCGGCAGGAGGCCCUGCGUGCCUGCCGAGUGUGACUCGCACGCAGAGGCUGGCGGCGAGCGGCGUGUGCCUGCUGCUGGCCGCGCUCUGCUUCGGCCUGGCCGCGCUCUACGCGCCCGUGCUGCUGCUGCGCGCCCGCAAAUUCGCGCUGCUGUGGUCGCUGGGCUCGGCGCUGGCGCUGGCGGGCGGCGCCCUGCUCCGAGGCGGCGCGGCGUGCGGGCGGCUGCUGCGUGGCGAGGAGGCGCCGUCACGGAGCGCGCUGCUAUACGCGGCCGCGCUGGGCGCCACGCUGUACGCGGCGCUAGGCCUGCGCAGCGCGGUGCUCACGGUGCUGGGCGCCUGCGCGCAGGUGGCCGCGCUGGUCUGCCUGCUGCUCGGCCUGCUGCCCUGGGGCGGCGGUACCGCGCUGCGCCUUGCCCUCGGGCGUCUGGCCCCGGGCACCGGCCUCGCUAAAGCCCUUCCCGUGUGAGCGGGCGGGAGACGUGGAGCCCGCCGUGGAGCCUCCGGCCCAGCCAGGCGCCGCGCCCACGCUGAGGACACCCACGGCCGCGCAGCGACGGAGGGUCGCCGACCGGCGGCCAUCUGCAGACCCAGCGGCCGUCGUGUACUGAAACACGAGGACUUUGGGAAGCUUCGGUUUCGGCGUUCAGUACUCUGAAAACACGAGAGCUUGUCAUUGAAUUGGUGAUAUAUGCUUUUGCAUUAACCGUGAUCUUAAAAUGAGCUCAGUAAAAAAGAAUGGCUCUUCGGUUUUAACUAGCUGCUUUUGUGAUGUAUCUCUGGUUUACGUGUUGCCGUUGUCGAUUGUUAAUGGCUAAGCUAGAUUAGCCUCAUUACCUCCCUUCCCCUCUUUAUUUUGCCAUGCCUAAGACUUGGAUGGAGCCCUGGUGGCGCAGUGCUUAAAAGCUCAGGCUGCUACCAAAAGGUGGCGGUUCAGAUCCACCAGCUGCUCCCUGGAAACCCUAUGGGGCAGGCAGUUCUGCUCUGUUCUAUAGGGUCGCUCUGAGUCGGGAUCAACUCCAAGGCAGCGGGUUUGGGUUUUUUUUUUUUUUUUUUUUUUGGAGGGCUUGGAAAUUAUGGUGCGGUAAGGUGUCCUCGUGGCUCAACUGUUAAGUGCUUGGCUGCUAACGGAAAGGUUGGCACCCACUCAGAGGGCCCCGUGAGGAUGACAGCCUAGAAAACCCUAUGGAGUAUUCUACUCUCACAUGGAGUCUCUGAGUCGAAAUCGACUCAGCACCUGACGACAACAUGAGGGUAGCAGAAGCACUUUAAUGAUAUUCAGCCGCUGGAUCUUAAAAAGCACUUGAGACGGUUUACCUGGGCUUUUUUUUCAGUGAGGGAAAUAGUCAAUAUGGUGCAUUCAAGAAAGAUUAGUUCUGUAUUAGACAAAGCAGUGGACCAAAGGGGAAGGUCUUUUGUCCCAAGUAGCACGGUAUCUAGUGAGGUACGUGUAAACGGUGGUGGCUUCGGAAUGCUUAAGGUCUCUGAGGAGAACUCGUCUAGGGAGACCUUGGAGAUGGCAGUUCUACAUCGAGUUACCAUAUUUGAUGGAAGCCAUGGAUUUUUACACGGUCUAAUUGUCACUCCUAAUUUAAUGAUAUGCUUUUUAAAUUGUAGUUUAGAAUUUGUAGGCUGAUCUCAAAUAAUGCAACUAGGAUGUUUUGCCAUAUCUCGUUGCCAAAUGCUGUUGUUUUAGAAGCUAAUUACAUGUCUUAAUUUAUUGCCAGGAAGUAUGGGCCAAGUGUUGUGAUGAGUCCAGAAAAUGUCCAUAUGUGUUUUGUCAGUAGCUAGGUAUUAUCAACUCGGAAGCAAAAUGUAUUUAGAGUUUUGAAAUUCCAUGACAGUGGUUCUCAGUCUUGACUGCACAUCAGUGACUCGAGGAGCCAAACCUCGGGUAAUUUAAAUCAGAAUCUUGGGGGUAGGACUAGGCAUCAGUGUUUUUAUAAAGCUCCCCCAGGUGAGUCCAUGUUCAGCCAAGGUUGAGAACCACUUUUCUGUGUACUGGUUUGCAUAUAAAUUUGAAAAUAACUGAUGUUUUGGGGGACUGGGAUCCCACGUUGCCUUAACAGGCUGUGUCCGGCAGCGAUAGAGCACUGCCUUGUCCACCCCCACUCCACCCCACACUUGGGUUCCUAGGUCCGGUCAGUGUGUGGGCCGUGCUCCAGAAAGUGACUCUGAAGUGACCUCAUCCACAAUAGAGGCUUCCAGGGUACCCCCACCCCACAGUCAGUGUUCCCUUGUCUCCAUAUCCAUGACUAGGGCUACAUACCUCGAGAGGGUGCUUCUAAGAGCAAAUGCACUGUUUCAGGGAGUGAUGUAGUUUUUAAUUGUAAAGCUUUUUGCUGCUGGCUGCUCUGUCUGGGGCUGGGAGGAAGGAACUCUUCCUAGUCCCUUCGUUACAUUUACGUUCCAGUAGUGGAAACCCUGGUGGCAUAGUGGUUAAGUGUUAUGGCUGGUAACCAAAGGGUCAGGAGUUCGAAUUUGCUGGGCGCUCCUUGGAAACUCUGUAGGGCAGUUCUGCUCUGUCCUAUAGGGUCGCUAUGAGUCAGAAUUGACUUGAUGGCACUGGGUUUGGUUUUUGGUUUGGUUUAGUUCCUCUAGAAUGGUUGUGGUUUGCAUGGCUUAAAACUGUAUUUUUAUGUUGUUGGUAUUAUUUUUUUUUAAUCAAACUUUAAAAAUUCUUUCCCAACAUUUUUUUAAAGAACUCAAGCCUUAUAAAAUUCAAAAUUAAAAGCACAAUCUUAAAUAUGUAUUUUGACACUUUUAAAAUGCCAUAUAUAUACAGAUGUAUAUAUAAAUAUAUGUCCUUAGUAUUUAAUAAAUGCAUAAUGUAGAGACUCAGGUUUUUUCUAAUUUGUUCUCAAAAUAUGAUCUGGUUUGCUUACUGAGGUGUACUGUGUUUUUAAAGUUACAGCCUAAAUGUUAAGAUGAUAAAAUUCUUACCACAUGAAUCUCAGGAAGAGAACCCUAAUUUAGAUACGGGUGUGGUUUCUGGAUCCCUUUUUAGCUUCUCAGAAUUUGAACAUGAUUUCUUUCUUUUUUUUUUUAAGCUAUACCAGUGGAGGGUAAAUAAAGUCCACAAAUGUAAAGCAAACUUGAGACUCCUAAUACUGCUUUUACAGUGUGGUGUUGAUCCAUUAAGCAUUUUUAAUUCCAAAGGAAACUGAAGAUUACUCAUUUGAAGUCUCCCAAGCUCUAACAUCCAAAAAGCAGUGUGUCUGGUCGAUAUUUUCUCAGUGUUUCCACAGAAAUAAGUUAGUGUGUACUAUUUUUCACAGUGAUAGAGAACCAGUUAAGAGGUGUUCAUAUACUGUACAACUAUCUCAGUAUCCCUAAGUAGCCAUUAAGACUUCUAGCACCACUAAACUUGCCAGUCUGGUGACAAACUGGAGGUGGCUAUGGGACUGUAUUUUUACUAAAAUUUUCUUCUUAUGAAAACAAAAUAAGGGUCAGUACAGAAAAUACCAUGGGUUAUCUCAAAUUGGACUUUUGCCUUCUAGUCUAUUUAAAACUGGAGGAACGGACAAAAACUUCCUGGUUUAACUUAGAACUGUCGUCUGCCUUUAUGGUCACCAAAAAGCUGGCUUCCAUCACAUACCUCUCCUCAUCAGAAACAAGGCAAUUCAAGUUGAAGGUGGGGUCACUAGAAGACUCACCCAGGAGAAAGCAUCUACUUGGAUUUUCCGUCUGCCAGGGCAUGUCUCAGGCUUUAAACCUACUUCAGACUACUUUAGAGUAGGUUUAAAGUGUUUUCUCACUCUGUACUAAAAAGUGUGAUAGAAUAGCCAUGUGAGAAUUUGUGUAAAAGCAAGAUGACGACUUAGAGGUUCCCAUCAAAUAUGCUCGUGUAUAUCGGCAGUGGUGUGCACUACUUACUUAACAGAUCGUGUUUGAUGGAAACUAAAGUAUUUCCUGGAAGUAAGCACUUCACAACUAGUUAUUUUCCGUUAAUUCUUGCGUAAAUCACAUUCUGUAUUCAUACAAAAACAACAUUUUUUUCUCUGACAAACUGUACAUAUAGAAACAAAUUUCCAAUUAGACAUGAACCUAAAUUUGUGGAGGUGCUUCAUGUCUCAUGACACUAAAAAAAAAAAAAAAGAAUUCCAGCUUUAUCUUCACAAAACAA